AUCCGGGGAAUGCUUCUUGAAUUCCCGAUUACCUAAGAAUCCAGAGGCAGGGAUGAACAUUAGUGAAAUUAUCUCGUUCUGGGGGUACCCCAGCGAGGAGUAUGAUGUGGUGACAGAAGAUGGCUACAUCCUUCAGCUGAACAGAAUUCCCCACGGGAGAGGAAAUGCCGGAUGCCAAGGUGUGAGACCCGUGGCACUUCUGCAGCAUGGUCUCCUUGCAGAAGGCAGCAGCUGGCUCACCAACUUGGCCAACAGCAGCCUGGGCUUCAUCCUGGCAGAUGCUGGCUACGAUGUCUGGAUAGGAAACAGCAGAGGGAACACCUGGUCCAGGAGACACCAGGUGCUGACUACCACACAGGAUGAAUUCUGGGCUUUCAGCUUCGAUGAGAUGGCUAAAUACGAUCUCCCAGCCAUGAUCAGCUUUAUUGAGCAGAAGACAGGACAGAAACAGCUCUAUUAUAUUGGCCAUUCCCAAGGCACCACUAUAGGUUUUAUAGCCUUUUCCACUAUGCCCCAGCUGGCUCAGAAAAUCAAGGUGUUCUUUGCUCUUUCACCUGUGACCACGGUGAUAUUUUCUCGGAGCCCGUUUAGAAAACUCUCAUUCUUUUCUGACUCUGGGCUUAAGGAGCUGUUUGGCACCAGGGAGUUCCUACCACACACUGCCCUGGGGGAGCUGGUCCUCUCCAGGUUCUGUGUCUGCUCCAAGGUCUGCAAGCACAUCUUGGCUACAAUUUUCGGGUUUAACUGGAAGAACACAAACAUGAGCCGAUUUGACGUGUACAUGGGACACACCCCAGCGGGCUCCUCAGUCCAGAACAUCAUCCACUGGCUGCAGGGAGUCCACGGUGGGGCACUGAGAGCUUUUGACGGGGGGCACGUGUACAACAGCCUUCACUACAGACAGGCCGGGGCUCCGUUCUACGACGUGCAGCACAUGGAGGUGCCCACGGCCAUCUGGAACGCGGGGCAGGACUGCCUGGCCGACCCCCGGGACACCGCCCUCCUCCUCCCCCAGGUCAAGAACCUGGUCCACCACAAGCUGAUCCCCCACUGGAACCACAUGGAUUUCGUGCUGGGCCUCGAUGCCACCGAGGUUUUGUACCGGGAAAUCCUUGACAUCAUGAAGAAGCAUCCUUAG